GGGACCAGGUUAGAAGAGUGAAAAAUAGGGUAGAGAGACAACCCCCAGAUCUGGAUGGUUAUAACUUUAGGUUUAAACACGUUUCAAAGAAUGAGAAGACGUUGGGAGGAACUGGCCUGAAUGCAGAAAGCAGAAAACGGUGGCGCGGACUUUUUCAGCAAGUGGAUUCCAGAAUUAAUUUAACUUAAUUUCGACUUUUUGCCUAGACAGGUUAGCUUCCUCCUACUAUAGCUUAUUACAUUGUCUGUUUUAUGACGAAGACUAUUUUUCGGGACAGCGACUUUGCCGCUGAAUUAUUUCAAGGCGUCAAUGUAAGUGCAGCAUUUUUGAGUGUGGCUGAAGUCCCAAGGCCCAGGAGCUCUUUUGUGAGGGGACGAGACGCGCCGCACUGGAGGGAGAGGACUGAUGCCUCAGAAAUGUGAAUCCAUUAGUUACUGUAACCCUACCCCGUACAGGGAUCCACGGAAACAAACCUGCAACUUGCAGCCAGCCUGGAGGUUUACCACCAUGCACCUUAAGCCAUAUCCCAAACUACAAGAGCAGGAGCUUCACCGGGAAUCGGCGCUGAAUGGGACACGAGGCAUACGUGUGGACCAGCAAAGAGCACUGAGAACUGAGUGGGGUGUUCGCCAGGCAUGCACACAUGUGAGCUUGUCUAGCAACGGCACAGCCAACCGGUGCCCCCUCGGUGUCAUCUCCACGAACACUCUGCGCUGUACCACCAACAGCAACAACCACAACGGAGGAGCCCCCACAUCCAGAGUUAAUGGGGAUUUCCCCGGUCCUCGGGCCCGAAAAAACAAGACUGCGUCGUCCGUCACGACGUUGACCGGUUCCUUAGUCCUGCUUGCAUCUUCAACGGGGAUGGAAAAUGAGGGCUCACUCAGGUUAUACCAAGGAGAAGAUGGAGAGGGACCAUUAGACAUAUGGGCAGUCAUCAAGCCCGGAAACACUAAGGAGAAAAUUGCCAUCUUUGCCCAGCAGUCUGGCCAUGCGAGUGGAGGUGGCACUGACAGCACUCCUGACAGCGAGGGCCCCGCUCAAGACCUGCGAACAAUCUCCAUGAAAGUGAAAGGCUGCUGGGAUGGGGAAUGUUCUGUGGCGAAGCGCAGGAGGAAAUCUGGAAACCUCGACAAGCCCAGGGGCUUAGAUCUACAAGCACCAAAACCUGAAAGCAGACCAACGCCUGUUGGGAGCGAGAACACCGAACCAUCCCGAGACGAGGCCGAGGAAAUGGUUUAUCGAGUGGAAGCAGAGGAGGUAGGAAAGCCUCCAUCUGUGGUGGAGAUGGUGGCUUAUUUGGAGCAGAUGGCCAGUGACCAGCGGGUGGACUCUAAACCCCUGUCAUUGCGAAGCUCUAGCACAAUAACUCUGUCCAAAGGUGGAUCGGCACUUCAGCCAGUGGAACAGCAGGAGCCCAAAAGCUUGGAGCAACCUGAAAACCGAGAGGAAGAGGGAGAGUGCGUGAGGGUGCAGGACAUGGUGGCCAAGCUGGAGUCAGAGUGUCUGAAAAGGCAGAGCUUUCGAGAAGGUGGGGUUCUGUCUCGUAACAACAGCCUGCGAAGGAAUGUGGGUCGUGUGUUGUUGGCAAGUUCCGAGCCCUAUUCAGCACCUUCAAAGCCGACUCCUCCAAGCGGCACGCAAGAGCUCGUCUCGAGCUCCACGGAACAACUUCCGUGCCGUUCAGACAAACCCUGUGGUGCGUCCGACGCAGCCAUACCUGUGCCGACUGUGAACUCUGAUUGUGGUUUAACCAGUCAGACUGGCAGUCAGGAUGAGGUAAACCAGGUGGUAGGGCAGGAGGAGGCUUGUGCUGCCGUAGAGGCAGGACACGGUCUGCAGUCUGAGUCGGAGCAGGACGGCCAAGAAGCAAGCCAGCACAUAGAGGAACCCCCACCAGGUAUGCUCUUCUUUUCACAGUCCCCUCCUUUGACUCUGCAGGAAAGACCCAGAGAGAGAAGCCUAAAAUCUCGGGAUGUUGAGCCCAUGCUUGACAUCCAGGACUGUAAGCCAAGUCUGGCUGCAUCCCUAAAGCCACCAUUGGAGCCUUGCUCAACUAGUGAGGGGAGUGUGGACAAAAUGGGGGAUGCUGAGGAGGAGGUAAAAGGAGAUGGGGAUGAGGCUAAAAGUGCAGAGGGGAGUAACCUUGUUUGCCGGCAGCCCGUGCCUUUGCGCCCACCGGUGUCUAGCGAGUUCCUGGAAAUGCGUAAUAAGAUCCAGCUCCUCCUGGAACCGCAGCAAUACAUGGCCUGUCUACCCCACCACAUCAUAGUCAAAAUUUUCUGCCUGCUGCCCACUGAAAGCCUGGCCGCCCUUAAGUGCACCUGCCACUACUUUAAGUUUAUUAUUGAGAGUUACGGUGUCCGGCCGGCCGACUCGCGCUGGGUCUCCGAUCCCCGCUACAAAGACGACCCUUGCAAACAGUGCAAGAAGCGGUACGGCCGGGGUGACGUCUCCCUCUGUCGCUGGCACCAUAAGCCCUACUGCCAGGCACUACCCUACGGCCCCGGUUACUGGAUGUGCUGCCGCGGGUCUCACAAGGACACACCUGGCUGCAAUGUGGGACUUCAUGACAACCGCUGGGUCCCUGCCUUUCAUAGUAUCAACAUGCCAAUUUACAAGAAAAACAAGGACAAUGAGGAGGAUUCCUAGUGUGCCAGGGGAUGGGAUGCAAGUGUGCUUUUUAUCUGUGAGAGCUUUUUUUUGUGUAUGUUGUAAAACUUGUAUGGAUGGGCGGCUGUGUGUGUUUUGUGUGCCUAUGAGUUGCCAUACGUGCAUGUGCAUUUUUUUGUUGUUUUUUUUUUCCUUGAUGUUGAAACUGCUUGCAACCAGGUUGCUGAAACUAAUAAGGAAUUGCUGGAUCUCUUCCAUUUGCCUUUGACCCUCCCAACCCAUCUACUCUCUACCAACUCACCUAAUGAUUUCCCUCCUCAGGUGCUCAAAGUUGGUCUGCACUUUAGCCUUUAAAGACCGAGUUCUUCAAAGAAUUCUGUCUGGGUACUGCUUGCAUCAAUUCUUGUCCCCCCCCCCCCUCAAAAAAUUCAUGUGUUAAUCUACUUUCGACUAACUUAUUUUAUAGAGAACACGUAUACAGUGGAUCCUUUACUUUUCUACAGUUACAGCCCAUGACAGACCUCUGGAGGCUCUGAGUGAUAUCACAUGCGUUUUUAUAAUCAUUUCAGCCUAAAUAAGUAAAUAAAUGAAUAAAUAAAUAAAGACCUAAAUAAAUUGGUUUUGCAGCUCACCCACAUACAUGAGUUUCUCAGUGUUAAUGUCACUUACAAGAGGGAGUCAGUUGAAGGGCUUUGUAAUAAUGAAAAUGCAAACUUGCCUCAUCGUAUGCCUCCUUCUCCCAGUUCCCCUCUGUUUCCUGAGAUUGCAGUUGGAGGGUUUGGCUUUGUCUGGAUGGAUUGGAACUUGUUCUUCUGAGCCCCAUUGUUUACAUUGUACAUAGCACAGAAUGAUUUAUCAUUACAGGGUGAAGAAUGAUACUAUGUGUGUAACUUGAAUGCAUUAUCUUCCAUUUGUUGGAACAACUUCUUAUUUUUAUGCAGUUAUGUACAUAUUCUAAUAAGAGAAUGGUCUGGUUUUCCUCUGUGGGUCCCAAGUGUUUCGCCCCUUUAAUCCACCAGCCGUUGAGACUGGCAGUGUAAAGCUUCCCCACCGUCCUAAUUUUAAGGUUUAUCUUCUUCUGGAUGCUAUGUUCCUCAAAGGGAAACAUCUGACUGUUGAGGGGGGGGGGGCUGUUCACCUCACGUGUGUUGGAUGUUGUAACUAAUUGGAUGACAUCUGGAGGAAAGGGGAGUAGAGAAAAAAAAAAAAAAAAGAAUACCUGAUUCAUUUAAAUGGAAAGAUAAUGAUCUUCUAAAUGUGUCCCAGGUUUUUAUUAAAGGAUUAUUGUACAAUAACUCUGCUGUUCUCUGCCUGUUAAGGCAUUUUACUUCAAUAAAGUGCAUUCAUGGGAAUCUGUA